AUGUGUUUAACUCUCUUUACAUGUCUUUGCCUACGUACAAAAAUCAAUGAACUUAAUUAUCCCUCAUUAUCAAGUAAAUUAUAUUCACCUGAAUUGCGUAGUUUAGUGAGUCACUGUUUAACUUUAGAACCAAAACAUCGUCCGGUUAGUGCUGAAAUUACUCAGUUAUCAAUGAAAAUGUAUAAUCAAUUCUUAAACGAAUCAUCAACAUCGACUACAUCAACUUUGACAGACGGCGACUCAUCAGAUUCGGGCUUUGGAUCAAUAGAAAUUACUGAGAAAUGGACAGUCUAA